AAGCUCUAAUCCUUCAUUUUCCCUGUUGAGAUUUUCUUCUGGUCUUACUUUGUUAUGCGAAGAGAAAUGGCAAUGGCGGGUACAUUCUGGAUGGUAGCUUUACUUGGAGCGUUAAUGUGGGUUGCUGAAGCGAGAAUUCCCGGGGUCUACCAAGGGGGUUCGUGGCAAACUGCUCAUGCUACUUUCUAUGGUGGUGCAGAUGCUUCGGGCACCAUGGGCGGGGCUUGCGGGUAUGGGAAUCUUUACAGCCAAGGGUAUGGCGUGAACACGGCGGCGCUGAGCACGGCGCUGUUCAACAAUGGCCUUAGCUGUGGGGCUUGCUUUGAGAUCAAGUGUGCGAAUGACCCGAAAUGGUGCCAUUCCGGUAGCCCGUCAAUCUUCGUGACUGCAACAAAUUUCUGCCCGCCAAAUUACGCUCUUCCUAACGACAAUGGUGGAUGGUGCAAUCCUCCGCGUUCUCACUUCGACUUGGCCAUGCCCAUGUUCCUCAAGAUUGCCGAGUACCGUGCCGGAAUUGUCCCCGUCGCCUACCGCCGGGUGCCAUGCAGGAAGAUGGGUGGGAUCAGGUUCACGAUCAACGGCUUCAGAUACUUUAACCUGGUGCUGAUCACCAACGUGGCGGGUGCAGGGGAUAUCGUGAGGGCGAGCGUGAAAGGUUCAAAGACCGGUUGGAUGCCGCUGAGCCGGAACUGGGGUCAAAACUGGCAGUCAAACGCCGUUCUGGUCGGUCAGCCGCUCUCGUUCAGGGUCACAGGCAGUGACAGACGCACAUCCACCUCGUGGAACAUUGCCCCCGCCCAUUGGCAGUUUGGUCAAACAUUCACUGGCAAGAACUUCAGGGUUUGACCAGAAAUGAAAAUGAAGUAAUCAAAGAAAA